UUACUUACUAUGCGUCUCUGUCUUGAACUCUUUGCUCUCAUCCAUGUUCUUCUUCUAUUAAAAAAUUCAUUUUUAAUUACUUUCCAUUUUGAUCCAUGUUCUUCAGCUUCUACUAUGAGCUCCAACCUUGAAUCUUAGAAUCAUCACCAAAAAUGUUGCCAAAAUUUCCCAUGAUGCAGUUGAAACCACCGCCUUUGACACCCAGUCACAUGAUUCAUUCACGCAGAGACACCAGAAUUUUCUCACAGCAAAAAUUUCCUUUCAAGUUCGGUCCCCAAUCUUUGGGUGACAAAUGGAAGCUCAAUGACAUGACUGCUAGUUCUAUACAAGAAAGAUUGGGUGUAUUGUUAUCAAGGACCCAGAAUUUUUUCAAUCAAGUCACUUCUCCGCGUGCAAAAAAAAUCAGGAAACAACUUGACACUGAAAAUGAUUCCGGAUUCCAAGUUAUGGAGGAUAUAUUCAUGGUGGAGCAGACUAUUAACCGCAGAAUGCCAUAUGGGAGGACUCUUUCUCUUGCUGCUGUUAUAUGUAUUGAGCAAUUCAGCAGGUCAGUGAGGAUGAAUGGAUUGACUGGGAAGAAAAUGCAGAAAAUUUUUCAAACACUUGUUCCUGAAUCUGUAUAUAGUGAUGCCCGGAAUUUGGUUGAAUACUGCUGCUUUAGAUUUUUGUCAAAGGAUGCUUCUGAAGUUCAUCCUUCCCUCCAGGACCCUGCAUUCCAGAGGCUGAUAUUCAUAACCAUGCUUGCCUGGGAAAAUCCUUACACUGAUAGCAUUUCUGGCACUGCAGAGAAAGCUUCCUUACAGAGUAAACUUGUCACCAAAGAGGCUUUUGCUCGUAUUGCUCCUGCAAUCGCUGGUGUGGUUGACCUCCCCACAGCGCACAAUCUUUUUACGGCUCUUGCUGGUGAUCAAGAUGGAAUUUCAAUCAGCUUGUGGCUGACCUACAUUAAUGAAUUUGUCAAAGUGCGUCAAGAACAGAGGUCAUAUCAGAUUCCAGAGUUUCCUCAACUAUCAGAGGAGAAGGUUUUAUGCUUUGGUUUCAAUAAUAAGAAGCCUGUUCUGAAAUGGGAGAAUAAUAUGGCCUGGCCUGGCAAACUCACUCUUACUGAUAAAGCAAUCUAUUUUGAGGCUGCUGGCUUAUUGGGAAAUAAGAGAGCCAUGAGAUUGGAUCUUACACAUGAUGGAUUACAGGUAGUGAAGGCAAAGGUUGGACCUUUUGGGUCUGCGCUCUUUGACUCUGCUGUUUCUAUUUCUUCGGGUUCAGAGUUGAAUUGGUGGGUUCUGGAAUUCAUUGACUUGGGAGGUGAGAUGAGGAGAGAUGUUUGGCAUGCAUUGAUAAGUGAGGUCAUUUCUUUGCACAAGUUCAUACGUGAGUAUGGACCUGAUGAUUCUGAUGAGUUGUUAUCUAAUGUAUAUGGGGCUCAUAAAGGAAAGGAAAGAGCAAAAACCAGUGCCAUUAACGGUAUAGCUAGACUCCAGGCCCUUCAACAUUUGCAGAAGAUGCUUGAUGAUCCAACCAAGCUUGUUCAGUUUUCAUAUUUACAGAAUGCGCCGCAUAGUGAUAUUAUCCUCCAAACUUUGGCUGUUAAUUAUUGGGGAGGCCCAUUAGUCACAGGAUUUGUAAAUACUCGCAAUCAUCUAGAAACUCGGUCUUCGGAUGAAAUGGCUAAUAAUGGAAACCAUAUUUUUGACAUUGAUGGAAGUGUGUACUUAAAAAAGUGGAUGAAAUCUCCAUCUUGGAGAUCUAGUAGUUCCAUAAGUUUUUGGAAGAACACUUCGGUAAAAGGUUUAGUGUUAAGUAAGAAUCUUGUUGUGGCUGAUUUCUCACUCACAGAAAGAGCAGCAGAAACAAGCAAACAAAAGUACCAGGUUGAGGAGAAGACUCAAGCCACCAUUGAUGCUGCAACUCUACAAGGCAUACCCAGCAACAUUGAUCUUUUCAAGGAGCUAAUGUUUCCUUUGAUCUUAACUGUCAAAAACUUUGAAAAGCUUAGGCGCUGGGAAGAACCACACUUGACUGUUUCGUUUCUUGGACUUGCCUAUACAAUGAUUUUUAGAAACUUGCUGUCAUAUAUUUUUCCCACGAUGAUGAUGAUUGCAGCAGUUGGAAUGCUCACAAUCAGGGGCCUUAAGGAGCAAGGUCGCCUUGGACGAUCUUUUGGUGCAGUCACAAUACGUGAUCAACCCCCAUCAAAUACUAUACAAAAGAUCAUUGCUGUAAAAGAUGCUAUGCGUGAUGUUGAGCAUUAUCUGCAGCAAAUGAAUGUCUCACUUCUCAAAAUACGAUCUAUUUUGCUUUCUGGCCAUCCACAGAUAACUACUGAGGCUGCUCUGGUGCUGUUAACGUGGGCAACCAUUCUCCUCACCUUCCCAUUCAAGUACAUUCUUUCCUUUCUUCUCUUGGAUAUGUUCACACGGGAGCUCGAGUUUCGGAGAGAAAUGGUUAAGAAAUUCAAGAAAUUUUUAAGGGAGCGGUGGCAUGCAGUGCCUUGCCCUCCAGUAGCAGUUUUACCAUUUGAAAAUGAAGAAUCAAGAUCAGAAAUGUACUUAAAGGAAUUUAAGGACCAACCAAAAUCACAAGGAAAACAGGGCAGUGGUAAGUCCUGAUCGAUAGUGAUACUAUUUUUAGGUUUGCUUAUAGAAAAUGUAAAGAUGUAAAUUUUGUUUCACUUUUUUAAAAAAUAAUAAUAGAAAGCUAGUGUACUUGCGUUUC